AUGGACAUUCCACCUUUUAUGCAUAGCUUGGAUCUUGAUGCCAAGAAUGCACCAGAGUUUUCCGAAUAUAGAAACAUAGGUGUUGCUGAUCCUGAGGAUAAGGAGUUUAGAUUUAGAAUGGAAUACAGCUCAAGAAAAAUCAGUCAUUGCGGCAAUUCAGACUUAAUACAGAAGAAAGCCUGUUGGGAGAUUCAAAGAUACAAUGGGAGGCACAUGUAUUCCAUGGGAACGAUCUCACAAGAUCAUUCCAAGUUAGGCUCGGACACGAUUGUUGAGGCUAUGAAGCCAUUGGUUGAAUCCAACCUAUCCAUAAAGGUCAAAUCUAUAAUUGUGGAAGUCCAGGCAAGAUUCAACUAUAUUAUUAGUUACCGGAAGGCUUGGCUGGCAAAACGGAAGUCGAUAGCCAAGGUUUUCAGUGGAUGGGAAGAAUCUUACCAAGCUUUGUCGUUGUGGUUCUUGGCAAUAGUUCAGAAGAUGCCUGAUUCACAAGUCCAAAUAGAAACACGACCCCUGUAUAACGGGAGUCAAGAGGUGGACGGUGUUAGGAUACUUCAUCAGGUAUUCUGGAGUUUCAAUCCAUGCAUAAGAGCUUUCAAAUAUUGCAAGCCACUAGUUCAGGUUGACGGGACCCACCUAUACGGAAAAUAUAAAGGUUGCCUUUUAGUUGCAGUUGCACAAGAUGGGAAUAAAAAUAUUAUACCGAUUGCUUUUGCCAUUGUAGAAGGUGAGACUGCUGAUGCGUGGCACCUUUUUCUCAGUAAUUUACCAACACAUGUUGUAAGAAGAGACGGCGUGGGUAUGAUCUCCGAUUGUCAUGAGUCAAUUCGGGCCGCAGUAAUCGUAGCGGACAUGAUUGGAAACCUUUGA